AUGACAGUUCAAAUUGGGCUGCGCACCCCGACCGGGCAGUCGCGAGUCCAGGUCGAUGAGCACUCCACGCUCAGAGACCUGAUCGAGCUCAUCAAGUCCAAGACCGGGCUCAGCAACUUCUCAAUGAAGUACGGAUUUCCCCCGAAGGCCUUAGACAUCAGCCCAGCAUUGUUGGACGCAUCCGUCGACGACUUGCACCUCAGGGGAGAAACCAUUCUUGUAACGCCCGUCGACUCCGCGCCACCCCCUACGUCCCUGCCGCCCCCAUCCACGGAACCCAAGCCCAAGCCAUUCACGCCGAAGGGGAUAGAGCCCGAUCAAACAUCAUUGGAAUGGCCAGAAAGGGGAGGGUAUCUUGCUUUUGGUGGGGCCAUCGGAUUGGAAAACCCGUCUGCGGCGCUCCGCAACCAGGUGGCAGAUUACAUCCUAAGCCAUCCGAACGAGUACAACAAGGCCAUCCUGGGCGAUGAGCCACACGUGUACACAACCAGGAUGAGGAGAAUGGACACCUGGGGCGGGGCCAUCGAGCUCUCCAUCCUGUCCGACAUCUACAACCUCGAGAUCAGCUCGAUAGAUGUCAAGUCGCUGCGCGUCGACCGCUUCGGCGAAGGCAAGGAGAACCGCGUCAUCAUCCUCUACUCGGGCAUCCACUACGACAGGAUAGCAUUCUGCAUGGACCUCAGCUACCCGGUCGAGGUGGACGUGACGCAGUGGUCAACCGACGACGACGAGGUCCUCGAAAAGGCACGCCAGCUUGCCCAGCAACUGCAACGUCUGCACUACUACACCGACACGACAGACUUUGUGAUCAAGUGUGAGAUCUGCGACUGGAUCGGGCAAGGGGUGAGGCAGGCGGGACAGCACGAGAAGGAAACGGGGCAUAGCCAGUUUGGAGAGAUGCAGAUUACGGAUUAG